AUGAAGCUCGCAUUGCUGACCCACGAUCUUAUUCUUCUUCUGGUCCUCGCCUGCGCCGGCAUUGCACCUGCGACGGCAGCAAUCGGCGGCGGCGGGCGAUGGGAGCUCCUGCAGCGCAGCAUCGGCGUGUCGGCGAUGCACAUGCAGCUGCUGCACAACGACCGCGUGAUCAUCUUCGACCGCACCGACUUCGGGCGCUCCAACCUCUCCCUCCCGGACGGCCGCUGCCGGCGCAACCCGCGGGAGCGCGUGCUCAGGGUGGACUGCACCGCGCACUCCGCCGAGUACGACGUCGCGUCCAACACGUUCCGCCCGCUCUCCGUGUUCACCGACACCUGGUGCUCGUCCGGCACCGUCGCGCCCGACGGCACCCUCAUGCAGACCGGCGGCUGGAACGACGGGUACCGCAACGUGCGCACCAUGCGCGCGUGCGACAAGGUCGGCGACGAGAACGACGGCAGCUGCGACUGGAACGAGACGCAGGACGCGCUGUACGAGAACCGGUGGUACGCCACCAACCAGAUCCUCCCCGACGGGCGCGCCUUCAUCGUCGGCGGCCGCAGGCAGUUCAACUACGAGUUCUUCCCCAAGGCAGAGGGUUCCGACACCUCGGCCAUCUCAUUGCCGUUUCUGGUCCAGACCAGGGACCCCGAAGAGAACAACCUGUAUCCUUUCGUACACCUGAACAUCGACGGCAACCUCUUCAUCUUCGCCAAGAACCGCGCCGUCCUGCUCGACUACAAGAGGAACAAGAUCGUCCGGACGUACCCUGAGCUGGCCGGCGGCGACCCCAGGAACUACCCCAGCUCGGGCUCGUCGGUUCUGCUGCCCCUGAAGCCGUCGCCAACCGAGGCGGAGGUGCUGGUCUGCGGCGGCGCGCCCGUGGGCUCCUACAACUCGACGAAGGACAAGAACUUCUUCCCGGCGCUGGCGACGUGCGGGCGGAUCAAGAUCACGGACGCCAAGCCGUCGUGGGUCAUCGAGGCAAUGCCGUCGCCGCGGGUGAUGGGGGACAUGAUCCUGCUGCCGAACGGGGCCGAGGUGGUGAUCAUCAACGGCGCCACGGACGGCACCGCCGGGUGGGAGUCCGCCAGCACCCCGGCAUACGCGCCCGUGUUCUACCGGCCCGACCACGCCCCCGGAGACCGAUUCGAGGAGCAGAGCGCCACUGACAUCCCGCGGCUGUACCACUCGUCAGCGGUCCUCCUCCGCGACGGCCGCGUGCUCGUGGGCGGGAGCAACCCGCACAUCUACUACAACUUCAGCGGCGUGCAGUACCCGACGGAGCUGAGCCUGGAGGCCUUCUCCCCGGAGUACCUGGACAGCGCGAACGACGUGCUCCGGCCGACGAUCACCGGCGCGCCGGCGAGCGUGGCGUACGGGGAGUCGGUGACGCUGCAGUUCGAGGUGCCGGCGGCGGCGACGAGGAGGAGGAGGGGCCGGGGCGGCGGGAUCGGGCUGGUGUCGGUGACGAUGGUGGCGCCGUCGUUCACGACGCACUCGUUCGCGAUGAACCAGCGGGUGCUGCUCCUGGACGUGGUGCGGACGACGGCGGCGGCGUCGCACCGCGCGGGCGCGUACGAGGCGACGGUGGUGAUGCCGGCGACGGCGGUGCUGGCGCCGCCCGGGUACUACAUGGUGUUCGUGGUGAACGGGCACAUUCCCAGCAGCGAGGGUGUCUGGGUCCACAUACAGUGA